AAACGCUGUCUUUGCCUUUGCUUCUUCUCUGCCUUUGCCUUCUCCCUGCCUUUUGCUUCCGGUCUCUGAUUUCUCGGCGACAAGUCAGUGCCUUUCCAACCUUGAUCGUCCCCCUGCCUGCCACCAUAUUCUUCCCCAUCUCUCAAAUCCCAAGGUCCCUCCUUUUUGUCUUCCCCUGCCCUUUUGCUCUCUCUCUUUUUCUCCUCCGCGCCCAAUUUUGGGCACUUCCAGCAGCUCUUGAUUGAUCUCUCACUCACCCAUGUGGGGAUUUGACGUUAUUGCAUGAUUGGAGCCUCAUGAGCUGCGGAAAGUUGGGAUCUUUUUCUGUGGGAGGCGGUUCUUGGAAGGGCCCUUGAGCUGAAAUAGCCCUUUUUUAUGAGCUAGAGGUAGAGGGGGGGCCGCUUUGAUUGCUUUCUGCUCAAUGUGGGUGUGUGAGGUUGAGGCUGUGGAGGUAAAUGAUGCUGCAGUUAGUGGGGUUGAAGCUCAGCUUGUGGUGAAAGAUUUGGGGCCUAAUUGUUGAGAACCCAACUGGUUUGAAGCUUCAGCAGGUGGUGGUCUUUUAGCUAGCAAUGAAGGUUCCUUCAAAUGGCUUUAGCCCAGGUGCUGGAGAAGGGGAAAAGAAGACUAUUAAUUCAGAGCUGUGGCAUGCUUGUGCUGGCCCACUGGUUUCUUUGCCGCCAGUCGGGAGCCUUGUCGUGUAUUUUCCUCAAGGCCACAGUGAGCAGGUCGCAGCAUCGAUGCAAAAGGAGACCACUUGCGUCCCUAGCUAUCCUAAUCUACCUUCGAAGUUGAUUUGCAUGCUUCAUAAUGUGACGCUGCAUGCUGAUCUGGAAACUGAUGAAGUCUAUGCUCAGAUGACCCUCCGACCAGUAAGCAAAUACGAUCAAGAAGCCCUGUUAGCAUCCAAUAUGGCCCUCAAGCAAAGCAGGCAGCCUGCAGAGUUCUUCUGCAAGACUCUCACAGCCAGUGACACGAGCACUCAUGGUGGAUUCUCUGUGCCUCGUCGAGCAGCUGAGAAGAUUUUCCCAUCUCUGGAUUUUUCGAUGCAGCCCCCUGCUCAGGAGAUAGUAGCUAGAGAUUUACAUGACAAUACUUGGACAUUCAGGCAUAUUUACCGCGGGCAGCCGAAAAGGCACCUGCUGACAACAGGUUGGAGCGUGUUUGUUAGCACAAAGAGGCUCUUUGCUGGCGACUCUGUUCUAUUCAUAAGAGAUGAAAAAUCACAGCUCCUACUGGGAUUAAGGCGAGCAAAUAGGAUGCAACCUGCUCUGUCUUCCUCGGUUAUUUCCAGUGACAGUAUGCACAUCGGGAUUCUUGCAGCAGCAGCUCAUGCCGCAGCUAAUAACAGUCCCUUUACUAUAUUCUACAAUCCCAGGGCUAGUCCUGCAGAAUUUGUUGUUCCCUUGGCAAAGUACAACAAAGCCCUCUACAACCAAGUCUCCCUUGGGAUGAGAUUCAGAAUGAUGUUUGAGACAGAAGAAUCCGGGAUAAGAAGAUAUAUGGGUACGAUCACAGGAAUCAGUGACCUAGAUCCUGUCAGAUGGAAGGGCUCUCAGUGGCGCAACCUUCAGGUGGGUUGGGAUGAGUCUACAGCUGGUGAACGUCCUAGCCGAGUUUCAAUAUGGGAGAUUGAGCCUGUUUUGACUCCUUUCUACAUUUGCCCACCUCCAUUCUUGAGACCCAAGUUUCCUAGGCAACCCGGGAUGCCAGAAGAUGAGUCUGACAUAGAGAAUGCAUUCAAGAGGGCCAUGCCGUGGAUUGGAGAUGAGUUUGGAAUGAAAGAUAGCUCAAACUCGAUUUUCCCUGGCCUGAGCCUGGUACAGUGGAUGAGUAUGCAACAGGGCAAUCAGCUCCAGGCUGCUCAACCAGGGCUGGUCCCACCACUCGUUUCCUCCCUUGGCCUCCAUGGCACUAAUUUUGGUCUUGAUGACCCAUCCAAAUUACUGAGUUUCCAGUCCCCUGUUCUCCCUCCACAGAGUAAUCACAAUAAUUUCCAAUUGAACAAAACUAACCCACCAAACACGUUGGCCCAAUUGCCGCAGCCCAAUGUGGCUUGGUCUCAGCAGCAUCAGCUGCAGCAGCUGUUGCAGCAGCAGCAGCAGCAGCAGCAGCAACAGCAGCGGCAGCCCACUCAGCAGGCACAACAGCAACAUCAGCAGCUUCAGCAACAGUUACAGCAGCAGCCACAACAACAGUCACAGCAGCAGAUGGUCCAGCCCCUUGUACAUAAUGGUGUAGUUGCAUCUAACCCAAUUCCAAGUCAGACAGCGUCACAGCAGCCUGCUCUGUUCCCGCAGAUCCAACAACAGCAGCAGCCAUUGCUUGCGACCAAUGCUCAGUCACUCCAAACUACCCAUGGGACUGCCAAAUGUUCGGUCCAGAUUUCAUCCUCUUUGCCCCAAGACCCGAAGUUCCCUUCUCAAAUGGAACAGCAGUCAAGCCUCUUGCAGAGGCACCAGCAGCAGCAGCAGCAACAGCAUCAACAGCAACAGCAACAGCAACAGCAACAGCAUCAGCCCUCGUCACUUCUUCAGCAGAGCUGGUCUCAGCGGGCACAGCAGCAGCAGCAGCAGCAGCUGUCGCCUCAGCUUGCACAGCUAUCACAGCAAAACAAUCUCUCUGAGCAGCAGCUUCAGCUGCAAUUUUUGCAGAAGCUACAGCAGCAGCAGCAGCAACAGCAGCAGCAGCAGCAGCAGCAGCAGUUGUUCUCCCCUGUAAGCCCUCUUCUGCAGCCUCAACUGCCACAGUCGCUCCCUCAAAGUCAGCAGCUGCAACAGCUCCAGCUGCCUCAGCAGCAGCAGCUGCAGCAGGUCAGCUGCAACACCCUCUCUGCUUCUCCUCUCCUACAGUCACAGCAGAAGCCAGUCACUACUAUCAGACCACUUUCUGGUCUGUCCGAGAAUGAUGCCCCAUCGUGCUCGACAUCACCUUCGACUAACAACUGCCACGUCCCAACGUCGAACUUCCUCAACAAGAACCAGCAAAAUUCACAAGCCGUGUUCCCGGUCCUGGAACCGCUAAGUAACAACCAUCUGAUCCAAGACAAUCACCAUCAUCAGGUCAAGCCCGAGGCCCGAAUGAAAACUGAAAUGCCCAUCUCAAAAGCACCAGACAGCUUAAAAUACAAAACAGCCCUCACAGACCAGUUGGAGGUGUCCUCAUCAGCAACCUCUUAUUGCCUCGAUGCAAGCACAAUCCAGCAGAACUACUCCCUCCCUACCUUUGGGUUGGAUGGUGAUGUCCAGUCCAAUCCUCAGACUAGUUCUCCUUUUGCUACUAAUAACAUUGAUAAUCUUGCACCUGAUACAUUGUUAUCAAGGGGCUUUGACUCUCAGAAGGACCUCCAGAACUUGCUGGCGAACUAUGGUGGGAACCCCAGAGAUAUAGAUACGGAGCUCUCCACUGCUGCCAUAAGUCCGCAGUCCUUUGGAGUGCCAAACAUGCCUUUUAAGGCGGGAUGUUCUAACGAUGUGGGCAUCAAUGAUACUGGGGUUCUCAAUGGUGGGAUAUGGGCUAAUCAACGUGUGAGAACAUACACAAAGGUUCGAAAGCGUGGAUCUGUGGGUAGAUCCAUUGAUGUGACCCGUUACGGAGGUUAUGAAGAUCUUAGGCGGGAUUUGGCCCGCAUGUUUGGCAUUGAAGGACAGUUGGAAGAUCCCCAGAGGACUGAAUGGAAGCUAGUUUAUAUGGAUCGCGAAAAUGAUAUGCUGCUUGUCGGUGACGAUCCUUGGGAGGAGUUUGUCAGCAAUGUUCAGAGCAUAAAGAUACUCUCGUCUGCUGAAGUGCAGCAGAUGAGCUUGGAGGGCAGUCUUGGCAAUCUACCCGUCUCGAAUCAAGCAUGCAGUGGCACUGACAGUGGAAACGCAUGGAGGAACCACUACGAUGACAACUCCGCUGCUUCUUUCAAUCGAUAAAAUGAAAAAGGACAUCAUCUCUGUUCUCAUCACCAUUUGUCCAUGCGGAACGGAAUGAAACCUCGGUGUGGCUUUCUGGGUAUUUGCUGAAUUCAUGGGUAUUAGACCACACCAUUAACGUUAUAGCUGCUGACUAACAUUUACUGUCAUUCUUGACUUGCCAUGGUUGUUUGAUCUGAUCAUAGGUUGCGGUCUUAGAGGCUAGAUUGGGAUUGCGAGUGAACAAGCAAUGAGCUUGUAGAGGUAUGUAGUACAGAAUUAUAUGGGGGAGGGGGUGGGGCGACUUCUGCAGUUUCUUGUCGACACUGUAAAUCGUAUGGCUUGAGGACCAUUGUAAAGAGUAUAUAGCAACUGUAGUUAUCACCUCUUUGGAAGCGAAAGUAUAACAUGUUGAUUAUUUUUUUGCCAUUUCAA